AAUGUUUCUGUAUACCUCGCAUACCGUUAGAUCUAUGCCAGGCAGUAGGUGCAGUUGUAUGGAAGGCGCAACGCGCAGCAACACCCGAGCUGAAAGCGUUGUGCUAGGCCGGGGAUAAAGUUGUUAGCUGCAUCGACCCCAGCCACAUUAAUUGAUUCGACCGCCUCGUGCAGCGCUGCACUGCACCGCACUGCAUCUGCUCCACUCCACUUGCGCUGCAGAUGCCAGCUCAUACCGACCAUCCUCUCCUCCUCCGACAACUUCCAUCUCGAAACCCCCAUCACAUGACGACCUCUCAUCACGGCGACACAACGCGACUCCAACCCGCGACCCCCCCAGCCCCCGGCUUUGACUUUCCCCACGAGUGCCUGGAGUUUGGAUCGGAGACGCCUCGGAGAAUUAAUUCCUGGGGUCGCUGGCGCUACGCGACUGGACCUCGAAAGCUUGAGACAGCAUGUGGAAGGCGGCAUUCACUGGGCGCAGUGAGCCUGCCUCUUCUUCGCAGCGCAAGAAAAGCCGCGGCGGCGAGGAGUCCACCGUGACCACCGCCAGCUCGGGCAAUGUAGAUGACAACAAACGAAGGUCGGAGAGAUCACGGCGCAGCACAUAUGACGAUGCGCCGUCGUCCUCCCCCGCUGUCCCGAGCUCUCGCAAGGAUGUUUCCGCCAGUGCAGUGAAGCUAUAUGACGAUGACGAUGGAGAGGGCGAUUGGGAGGACAACUCCAGCAAGAACGAUGACAGGAAGAGACGCUCAAAAGGUGGAAAGGACAGAAGUAACGGGAAGAAGGCGGGGCGGAAGGAUUCAGAAACAUCAGGAAGCAAGUCGCGCGGCCUCGAUCAGGCACGCGACAGAGCGAUGCCGGACAUGGGCAGCUUUGCACAAUUUCCCGGCCAGUAUGCUGGAGGCGUGAUGGGCAGCGCGGGACAACGGACCGAGUUCAUGAAGUCCGGUGCUGUGCCGAGUGCAGACAAUCAAUUUGGACUCACGAGAGCCGAUUCAUAUGGUGCCGCUGCAGACUACUACGAAGAUGAAGGGCAAUCUGUUGCACGGCAGCCCGGUGUGCGCUCAAAGUCGCCAAACAUGCUGGUCAAUCCCUAUCAACACUUGAUCACUCCGACCGUGGAAGAGCAUCCGGCUCAGGACACGGGACACGGGUCGGCAGCGGAUUUCUACGAGGGCAGAGUCAGCCCCGUGCCCUUUGAACCAAGCACCCAGUCGUCUUCCAAGAAGUCAUCUUCAUACGGAACGAUUGCUGGGAUUGGCGCCGCCAUUGGCGCUGCUGGGUUGGGUCUGGCUGCUGGAAAGCAUGACAAGACGUCAGCGCAAUCACCGUCACAGGAUCAAAACUCGACAUCAUAUCAGCAGCGGGCACCCAGCAGCUCCAUGUCAUCGUCUCGACCAUCGCGCAAGGCGGACCGCCAGUACUCCGAGCCCGUGUUGUCUAGCUCGAACGGCGUUUCACGUGGCCUUCCACCUUCGCAGCAGCCAGGACCCGCAACUCCAGGUAAGCGAUCCUCCCCUACUAACACAGGUCUUUACACUGCGGGUGCUGCUGCGGCAGCUGGUGCUGCGGGGUUGGAAGCAUACGAAAUGCACGAGCGCGGAGAGCAGCGCAAUGGCUAUGCGACUCCAAGGGGAUCUCAGCCCUAUCACGAACACAAAGGCCCCAUGACACGUUUGAAAGACGGCUUCUUCAACCUGGUCUCCAACGACGAAGACGUCAUCAAAAUGGAAAUGUACACCGAGUACAUCGGAGUCUGCAAAUACUGCUUCGACCCUCGCACUUCCCCGUAUGAUGCUCCGAGAGUCCACCAUUACCACCCACUCAAUCAAAGGGAUUCAUUCGAGAGCCUGCGGAAACGCAGAUCUAUCGAGCGUAUGCGGAGGAGCAGCAGAGAGAACCUCGGCCGAACAAACAGCAAUCGCAUCGACAAGGACAGUCGAUACUUCUCGUCGGAAGGCUCUAAACGACGUUCGAGUAGGGACAGAGCCGAGCUCUUGGCGGGUGGUGCUGCUGCCGCUGUUGGCACUGCGAUGGCCGCAAACGCUCUCUCGUACGGUGGCAAGGAUUUUGAUGAUACCUAUAGUAUCAAAUCUGGUCAUCGAGAGAGCUCAGCCGUUGGACGGCGAAACCGCAGUUCUUCCAAUGAAGACCGACGGAAGAUGGCUCGCGGUGUCAUUGGCAAAGACUCCAAGGAGGAGUAUGUGAUGGCUCGCACCAGCGACGGCCGAACCGAAAAGCGAAAGGUCCGGCGAUCGCGCUCGACAUCGAAAGAUAGGACGGGCGCCAUUGCAGCUGGAGCAGUCCUCACAGGAGCAGCGCUCGCAGCGGAGGCCUCGCGACAUCGGCACGAAGAAGGUUCGAAUCGAGCCCGACGCUCUCGGAGCUCUUCGCGAAGCAACAGUCCUGGUGGAUUCUUCGGCCUCUUCUCACCCUCGCGAUCGAAGAAACGCAGAGAAUCUCCCACUACGCAACGCAAGAAGCGUCGUGGUCUCUUCAAUUUUGGCAACAAUUCUUUCUCUUCAUCGGACUCGGACCUCGCGUUUGGUGCAGUACGAUCCGGCCUUUCUGCACGGCGCCAAUCUUCUGUGCGGUCUCCGAGAAGGAAGAACUCUGACGAGCACAUUGCUGCCACUGUCGGCGCCAUUGGCGCGACCGCGGCUGCUUUGGCUGCGGCCCAGGGCGGGCGCCGGGUCGAUCCGAGGCUUGCCAGACCAGAGUUAGGCGCGAAGAAAGAAGCUCGUACCAUGCAUGAUCGUGUGGAUGCUCGUGGCUCGUCAGAUGAUGAAUGGGAAGACGAGUUGCCUUCUGACGUUGACGAUGCUUCGAGCAUCGGGUCUGCGCUUGCGUUCGGUGACUAUGAGGCGACACACCCCAACCUUGGCGGGUGGGCUGGCAGGAACGAACCACCGGCGCCUGCAUAUCAGUCACGGCCAGACAGCGGACGGCUUGAACGUACCGAGAGCGUCGACACGCCUACUUCAAGCGUGCUGAAGCGGCCGCUGCAAGAAGUUGAUCCUCGUCCUCUCUCAGAGCCUGUGAGUCUGGCUGGUUCCAGGCAAGCUUCGAUUGCUAGGCCCUAUGAGGCUUCCGCUGCCGCUGCUCGAGACCAAAUCCAACAGCCGAGACCCAUUGCGCCCAUCCAGCCUGCGUUCACCCAGAGUCCACCACCCAUGGAUGAUAGCGACAGGCGUCGACCAUCGCAGCCGAGACGCACCCAAUCAAGCCCGACGAACGCUCAUCACUUCUUAGAAGACGCUGCCGUUCUUGGCGCAGCAGCCAUCGGCACCGCUGGCAUCAUUGCGGCUGUACAAGGACGGAAGGCGAAGGAGCCGUCGAAUGUGCGCUGGGGCCUUACCGAGGAGCAAGAACGCAAGCAUGCGCGAGAUCUCCAGCAAGAGAAUGGUUCACGGCCACGUGAUGAUCGUGAGAGGGCAGCUAAAGACGAGGCCGCUCGUUACACACGGGAGCAGGAUGUGAUCCGCACUAGACAGGCGGAGAAUCGCAGAGCGGCCGAGGCCGAACUUCAGAGGCAACAGGCGGAGCAGCGGGAAGCAGAGGCACAGGCUGAGGUAUAUCGUCAGAGGGAGCGUGAACAUCAAGAGCGUGAGGACGCAUAUUGCCGAGACCACCCCCGGAGCGGAGACGUUAGUCGUCAAGUGGGCCCGGAGCGCCGACGAUCCUCGCAGUCCCAACAAGACAGACCCCAACAGCAAAAUCGUGAUCAGAGACCCAGGCACCAGGAUGGAUACGAUCGCUCAGGAUGGGAAACUUCCACACAGUCUGGCACGCCCUGGGGUGCUAUUGGAGCUGGUGCUGCCGCCGCAACUGCCGGCGCGAUCGCUCUUGACCGCUACGAGCAGCGCAAAGAAGAUGCUCCUCAUGAGAAGAUCCUCGCGUCGCCUGAGCACCGGGCUUUCGUCCAGAAAUUGCACGAGAUGGGAGGAGCAGCUGAUUCUGAUCACUUCGCAAAGACUACCCAUUUCAGCUCUACUUUACCGGACACACGCCCCGCGGACCGACAAGCCGGCAGUGCUGAUCGCACGGCUGGCGUGGAAUACGAUGACAGUCGUGACGCCUACGUCGCAGAGAUUCGGCCUUCCGCUAGAUCCACAAGCCAACCACCAGAUAACACAGACAUCUACGAUCCGGAAUCUUACCGGCGUGGAGCUCGCUCGCCCGGAGACCGUGCAAGAUAUGUGGAACUCGCGCGACAAGCGGCGAGUAAAGUCACAGACGUGGAUGAAAUGUUCGAGGACAACGAAGCGCAGUACUCGCAACGCGAGCAAGUGUCGCAAGCCGAGUUUUUUGCUCCGGAGGAGCUGCAGAACAGAGAAGCUGGCCACAAAGAAAAGGUUGUUGAUCCUACUGAUAAUGACGAAGAUCAGGUUCACCGUAGCGCAGAGGAAGAAGCGCAAGCGGUGUUUGAGCGAGAAUGGGCCGUCAAGCAAUCUGGACCCAUCAAAUUCGCGCCCUUUGGAGUGCCUAGACUUGGUCUGGUGUCUCCCACGCCGCCCCCCGGUGCGACAAGAAAGCGCAGAGCGACUUCUCCGUUCCCGGUCGCUCGACCAGACGUUGCGGACCUUCAAGAUGACUCGGAAGAGUCGAAGCCCUCUGGCCGAAGGAGGAGCGUGACCUGGGGUGCCGAUCGGACGCACGUCUACGAUGUGCCUAGCCCCGAAGCAGAGCACGACAAGGGAUCUUACGUGGAUCCUCAUCGUGAAACAACCUCUCAUGCAGCAGUUGAUACCGCAGCUGUGGCCAUUGCGGGGGUCGCAGCCGGCGUUGCUGCGCACGAGAUCGAUGAGCGCCGAGAAGUUAGUGACGAAGGGCGCAACUCAGAUCGUGCCGGGGCCGUUGAAGCUUUUGAACCCCAGCUUGAGCGUACGUCCUCGUAUCAACCGCCAUCUAUGGAGUCCGUGCCCGACUCCGAUCUCCAGAGUCCACCUGUCGAGGAAGGCAAUAUCCAGGAUACGCAACCUGCCAAAGACUCCCCGAAGCGCGAGACCGAAGCAUCGGCGUUCGCGGACGAAAGCCAACCUCGCGCACCAGCGAAGAGCGACAGCGACCAAAAGGCUUCGGACGGUGUCCCUGCCGAAAGCGAAGCAGAGUUCAAUCGAGAGGCCUUGCAAGAUGGCGAAGAUGAUCCGACUGCAGAGGACAAUGAUGUUGCAGAGGAUUCGAGACCGGCACCACGCUCUGAUACCCCAAAGCGGAAGCUUUCCAAGAAAGAGAAGCGUAAAAUGGAGAAGGCUGCAAAACGAUCUGGAGCACAGCCGGACGACACAAUCGUUGAUGAUCGCGAUGAUGCGCCUACGGAACCAACAAACACUUCUGUUGACGAGCAAGAUGAUAGCCAACGCUCCACAAAAUCCCGCAGUCGUGGAUUCGCGGAUGUUGCGGGCGCGUUGAUGACUGCUGCUGGAGGUGUCGCUGCUGUAGCUGCUGACGUGGACGAAAGUCGCAACGAGUCGUCCAAGAGCAAGAAGGGGAAAGGAAAGAAGGACAGGAAGUCGCGCGAAAUGGACCGCGAUAUCCGAGACGUUGAACCGCUGGAAGAGAGUGCAGCUGUCACGCCAAUACCGACGCCUACGGGUAUGCCUGGAGGCUGGACCAGUGAUGAGCCGCAGGCCGUGGAGGCUGAAUCACCGCAGGAAGUCGUGGAUCCUUUCCAGUAUCAGGUUCAUGAUGACCCGUCUCCGUCGCCUCAGGCUCUCAAAUCAGAGGCUACGCGGGAUACUGCUAUGGUCAAUGUAUCCAGCAACGCGGAUGGCUCGACUCAAAGCACUGAAGAAAGACCCGAGCCUAUCAGACAUGGCGAGGAAACAUCCCCUGUCAGAGAGGCGGACGAAUCCGACCGCAUGUCUGAUGCGCGGUCGAUCAAGUCCGAACCGAACAGGACUUCGAAGAGCCGUCGAUCGUCUCAAGGAAAGCAGUCCACUUACGACGGGGAGCCCGAAGCAUACGAGGAUGCUGAUUCAGUUGCUGCUUCUGAGCCCGUUGAUCUCUACGAAUCGACCAAAAACUCCAAACGCCGGUCGCGUAGCGGUGAAGACGAUGAGGCGUCGGCCUCGUCUUCUCGCUCCCGGCGCGAGAAAGCAGAGAAGAGAUCGUCCAAAGAUAAGAAGAGCGGUAUCUUCGGCGGCAUAUUCAGUCGCAAGUCCAACGAGUCCUCUUCGUCACGCAAGACGGAGGCAUCGACUAGGCGAAAGUCCACGCGAGAUAGCAACAACAACGACUCUGAAGACGAAGAGCGCCUGCGUCGACGUAGAUUACAGACGGAGGAUGAGUCUCCCGAUGUGGCAGCGCGCGAGGAAGAAGGUCUCGAUGAUCCCCGUCGCAGCGCUUCAUUUGACGAUGAGCAAGACCAGUCUUUUUUAGACGGGAGGGUAGGGGAGAUGCCGCCUCUACCCGUUAGCGGUGCGGUGUCUGCAGAUUGGGAAGGGCAGGAUCUCGGCAUGCCUGCCACUGCUGUUCAUGACGCUGCUGCGACGACUCGCGAGCACGCUGAUGCAUUUGACCUCAUUACUCACGACCAACACCACGACCCUACUACGCCUCAUCAGCAGGACGACACUGCGCGUGAACUUACGCAGUACAGAUUCCCCGACAUUCAGGCUCCACAGUUGCAAUCACCGAGUGUGCUUACUGAGAGCGAAAAAUCUCAAAGGCGCAUGUCCGUGAACCGGCCUGUCUCCAAUACUGCAGUCCCGUUGCGCCUCCCUGGACAUCAUCCUCUUACUCCCAGCCCGCGAGUGGAUCGCAUCGCCAGCUUCGGCAACCCACUUACCAGCUCGCCAUCCACGCCGACCUCCGGCCAGAGGACUCGUCAAAGUCGCCCUCCAUCGACUGAAAUCCGACCUUUGUACCUCCUUGAACGCAAUCGGAAGCCACAAGACGUCGAGGACUCUCUCCCCAGUCUCCCAUCCAGUAAACCUUCCAGCCGAGCAUCGAGCCGCGUUGGAAGCGAUGAGUAUGAAUCGGCGGCCGAAGAGUUUGGCUCGCCGGCGAGGAAACUCGGCUUAAUGAUUGAUAUCAAUCAGGCCAACGCUUACCACCCUGAUCCCGACUACCUAGACUCUCAGCAGACGACGCCAAGGGCCAGUGAGGCUCCGAAACCGGUCUUUGUCAAACCGCCGCGCCAGGAACCUGAGUUCUACACCUGGGAAGACUUUGCACAGGACGAGCGUAUGCGGAGUGCAGACGCUGAAGAGGACAGUCAGAAAAGCGACCACGUACCCGGACAGUCAUCUCGGACAGAAGAGCCCUCUGCUGAGACCUUGGACUCUGAUGCUCUGGAGAAGGGACUGGUAGGCGCAGCUGUGCUUGGUGGGACUGCUAUUGCGGCAGGCCAUGUUUUCUCCCCCGAAGACGGAAGACCAGCAAGCGCUGCCCCAUCUGCCCUUCCUUCGUUGUCUCGUUCAUCCUCCCGUGAAGUUCACGAAUUUGUCGAUAACGAGAAGUCGAUGGAGGAAGGUGCAGCGGCUGGCAGCUCGACACGUGCUGAGGUUGAUUCGCAUGCCCAACGGCCUGAGUCGAACGACCUCGAUCGAUUUUUGGACGAUGAAGAUAGAAUGGAAGGUGGCGAGGCUGUUAUAGGUGCUGCGCCGAGCUCCUCAAGAGCAGUCGGUGAACACGGCAGGUUCGAUCCGACGGAUCUUGUCGAAGAGGCAUACGCAAAAGCCGACGAGGACAGGAUCAGCCCCCGCGCUGGCACGGAGCAGGAGGUGCCUGUUGCCUCCGCGGUGGCCGGAGAGGCCGAGCCAAACCACGACAACGAACAGCCGCACAACACUCAUUCUGAGCCUGAAAUCGAAGAAGUCAGCAAACUGACUCGGAAGCAGUCGAAGAAGUCAAAGAAACAACCGAAAAAGGCUGCGGGUCGAGGAUUCUCGACUUCAGGGCCUUCGACUUGGACUGAUGAGGCGAUGGAGUCCAAAGAAGAGCCAGCGGAAGAGGAUGCUCCGACCAAUAUGCCUGGAGAGUCAGAAAGACAAGUUCCGGCUGAUACUGGUGUAGACGUCGAGGAAUCGGCUGCGGUCACGGCCGGCGGCUUGGCUGCAUUGGUAGCUGAGGAGUCAAUCCAGGAGGAAGAUAGGCGCAAGGAAGAUGAUACUAAAUUGUCUGACGAGUCGGGCCAAGUUGAGCCCGAGUGGCAGCCUUCUGUUUCGCGCAAGGAAAGCAAAAAGGACAAGAAAAAGCGCCGCCAACGAAUGGUUGAUGAUAUCUACAGCGAAAACACGGGAGUUGACAAUGAGCCUCAAGCCACGGAAGAGCGAGUUGUCCAGGAUACGGCCGCCACCACCCAAGAGUCCUCCGAAGAUGCCUUGUCGCAUGAACCGCACGACAAAGCGGAUGCACAGCCAGAUGAAGGACAAGCGCGCGCGCUGGAUGAGUUUACUGAACCGCCAAAGCCGGAUUCGGACAGGCAUGAGCAAGCCCCCACAGCUCGUCCCUCUGUAUCGGAGCCUCAGGAACUGAAUCUCGACCAAGAACGACAAGCCAGAGACAUCUCCAACGACACCGCAGUCCCUGCAGAAGCUUUACUUCCUCACGGUGUGGCUCAAGAAGCAGAGUGGGAUGAAAAGCCUGCCACAGAAGCGGUUGACGAGCCGGCGGAGGAAUUCACUUGGACUCCCUCGCAGAAGAAGGGGAAGAAGGGGAAGAAAGGCAAACGGCAAUCGACAUUCACUGAGGAUGCUUCGGAUUUGCCUGUGGUCGAAACGCAAGCAGCUUCGACCGCCGAUGACAAGAAAGAUGCUUCUGUGGCGCCAGCAUACGUUGAGGCUGAAGCUGGUGCUGAAGCUGGAGCAGAAUUUGAGGCAGAAGCAAUGGACAACAACAAAGUCGACCCACAAGCAGAAGGGCCAGCAGAGGAGUUCACUUGGACUUCGACCCCCCAGAAGAAAGGCAAGAAGGGAAAGAAGAGCAAACGGCAAUCGACCUUCGCUGAGGAAGCCUCAGACCUACCUGAGAUCGAGACGCAGCCAGCCACAAUCGUCGAUGAUCCCAAGGACGAUAUUGUAGCCCCGGCAGCCGCUGAAGCUGAUGCUGGGACUGAAGCUGAGGGUAGAGCUAUGGACAGCCAGCCCGAACAGCAAGCAGAAGAGCCUGUCGAUCUUUGGUCUUUCCCGUCAAGCAAGAAGAAGAAGGGUAAGAAAGGCAAGAAGGCGGCAUUCAUGUCAUUCGCGGACUUUGAGGACUCAAACGCCACCGCCAGCGAUUCAGCGCCAGAUCUGGCUGCCACAUCGCAAACUGUCAAGCGAGACGAUGCCGAGGCGAUCAAUUCAACCGCUGCCAAAGAAUCAAUUCCUGAGGACAGCGCUACGUCUCACGAAUUGAAGAAUGCGAAUGCGAAUGCGACCCAUAAGACGACUUCGGCUGAAGAUAGAUCUGUUGCAGAUGCGGCGCUAGAGUUGGAAGUACCUGCGCGAACCGGCCACGGUGCUAUGGACCACGAGGCCGAGGAGGCUGCCCCGCCUGUGAGACCGGAUAAAGACGUCGAACCCGAAUCCGAGACGCGAGAAAUCCAGGGUGACAUGGAUCCGGACGAACCAAAGGACAUGACUGGCGAUGAGAAACUCACAGACCGAGCUGAUGAAGUCGCACCUGCCCCGGAAGCCAUCGUUGAGGAUGAAGACACCACUGCAUUCUGGGUGGGGAAGCCCAAGAAGAAAAGGGGCAAAAAGGGCAACAAAUACGAAGCCUGGGUCGAUCCGGAGCCGGAACCAACCUCCAGCCUCUUUGAAGCUGAAGAGCGAAUUCCUGAAGAAGUGCCACAGCCCUUGGUUACGGACGCAACAACGGAUGUGCAAGGAAGAGCGAGCGAUGAAGAGCUGUGGGCGUUGCCAAAGAAAGGCAAGAAAGGCAAGAGGUCAAGCAAGGCCGCUACUAUUCCUGCUGCAAAAGAGACUUCUCAGGAGGUCGAGGUUGCACCGGCCGAAGACACAGGCGACCGCGAAAUCCUUCCCACCGUCGAGGCUCCCGCUACCCCGGACCAUCCAACCGAACAGAGCAGUCAGACCAUCGAAGCUGCAGACGUGUGGGACGAGGUGCCAAGUCGAUCGUGGUCGAAGAAAAAGAAGAAGAAGGAGGCCAAGAAGUCCAGAGCUUCGUCUCUGUUCGAGUCGAUGACUGCAUUAGAUGAAGUCGGCCAGGAUGAUGAUGCAGUACAAGUGCCAUCGGUGGACAAGCCGGUUGCGGAGCAAGAUAUGUUGCAGGGCGAGAAGUUGCCCGCUGACGAGAUCGCACCUCUGUCCGAGGAGAGGUCUCCCGAAGAGACAGUGCAAUCGCCAGCGCUUGAUGACAAUACCUCGAUCCCUCUCGAGGCUUCCUCGCAGCAUGCCUUGCUCGAUGAUCGUACCACGAGUGAAGACCAGCAACCAUGCGAUCAGCCGAAGGAGUCAUUGGAACCCCAAGCCCAGGUCGACUCAGCAAGGGAUCUCGACAAUACUGAACCGCCAAGCAUCCCAAAUGAGCCAGAAGAAGAUGAGUGGGCGGGCUUCGCGACUAAGCGAUCUAAAAAGGAGAAGCGGAAGUCCAAGAAGAAAGGCGGAGCUAUCUUUGAUGCUGAGCCGAGUCAGGUGGAGACGACAUCGGAUGCUGAAGUCAAGCGUUUUACCGAGACCGAGCAGGAGACCGCCCCUCCGGUGACUGACACCGAGGCAAGUGUCAAUCCCUCUGAAAGAGAGGCCGGAGACGCGGAGCCUUCUGUUACAACACAUCCCAAACGAUCAGAUGAGAUCAGUCACUUCGCAGACGAUGACGAGAUUGCCGAAACAGGUCAUGCUUCUACUGAGCAGACCGCCGCGGAGGCUCCUUCUACCACAUCUUCCUCUAAGGAUAUCCGGGACAUGGGCUUUGCUGCUACUAUAGCUGCAGGUUUGGCUGCCUCGAAUUUCGAUCCGGAGACUGUGAUGCGCGAAGCUUCAAGGCGGGCAUCCCCUACUGGCGUAGCAGAAGCGGAUCCAGACGAUGUUUGGGAAGCACCGACUCGGAAGAAGAAGGGCAAGAAGGCGAAGAGAGAGCCCGCAGUUGUCGACACCUGGGCUGACGAGCCAAAAGAAGCAAGUUCGACCCAGAGGGGUGCGAGUCCUGCUGCCGACGAUCUGAAUGAGACUCUCAAGAAGACGCUGGAAGAGUCGGGCUUCGAUUCUGCAAUCCUUCAGCAGGCUGCACCCUCCGUCGACACGGAAACAAGAGAGUUGCCUGAAAAUAACGAAUUCUCUUUCACCACUUCUAAGCGGAAGAAGUCCAAGAAGGCAAAGCGCGGGGAGACGUUUGCUGCAGAUGAGAGCCCUGCUACGCCAAUUGAUCGUGAGCCAGCUGGCUUUGAGGAAAUGGCAUCCAAAGACAAGUCAAGCACGGCAGACCAAGCGCAAUACCCAGAGGAGCCAGACCCAGCUGUUGAUCUGGUAAUGGCUGGCGAUCGGGACUUGGACGUCGAUGAGAUGGACAAAGCAUAUCGAGUAGCCAGGAGCAAGAAGCGCAGCAAGAAGAAGGAGAGGGCGAUUGCUGCGGAGACACUGGACACUUCGGAGGCCGAGCGAUCAUCUGAGCACAAGGACAUGAGCGUGUCCGACAAGUUCAAGGACCAAGACACUUCGAUGACUCGCCUUCGAAAAGACAAUGACGACCAUGUCGAAGAAGAUCAAGUUGAACAUGAGCAUCGAGGCUCGCACGCUGGAGUGGACGCCAAGUCUCUUGUGGAGGAUGCAGGCAUCGUGGCCGCAGCUGGAGCUUUGGCUGCGGGUGUAGGCAGUGAACUGUCCCACUCCAACACUCGAUCCCACCGACGAUCUGAUAGAUCGCUGCGAGAGACGAGCAGUCGUCAUCUAGGAUUGCUUCCUGGUGAUCGACCACACGCCGAAGGGCCAGCUCCAUGGUCCGAGUCACAUCUGCUAGAAGGCUUCCGAGACAGUGGAUAUCAGGAAGCAGACAGUCCGGUUAUUCAACGACACUCCAUCAACAGCGUGACAUCGGACAAGUUUGGAUUGCACAACAGUCGAUCUCGAGACAGACUACGAGAGCAUGAGCCGGGCGAGCGAACGCGCGCCAUGUUCGAGGACGGAGAUCAUACGAUGCACGCCCGAUCAGCUAGUCGGGAGACUGAGGAUACAACGCUGGAGUCGACUACGAAAACUCGAGGGUCUCAUCUGUUCCAAUCAACACCCGAGACCUUGUCGAGUAGAAGGUACACGGACUCCAGCAGCCCAACGCCCCGCGAAGAGACGCAAGCCGGCCAAUCCGAGCGUGACAGCUUCGAAGCAGAUAGGCAUAGCCCGUCGACAUCGAGGCCACACAACAUACCACUGUAUCUUGACACGAUCUCUGAAGAACACCAUGGCGCGAAGCGAAGUCUUGCAGGAGCAGAAUUGCGGGACCUUGAAACUUCAAAGGCUUCCAAGAGGUCGGAAACGCCGCAUUCCAUUCGAUCUCGAGAGCAGCAGAUGGUCUCGCCAUCGAACGAGGACAGAGAGCGGAGAAGGACAACGAGGCAGACAUCCGUCGAUCUCAGAUCACCCAGUGCGAUGAGCAAUCGAUCGAGUGUGAGUGCAGGACAGUUCCGCGGUGCAGAAGAACUGCGGUCCUACUCUCGCGCAAGCAAUCGCAGCUCCACGCCCGGCUUGCGGCGAGCCAGCCUGUCAGGUGACUUGCGGGCCGCUAGUAGGCGGGGCGACGCGGGAUCAGCCGUUGGCGUCCGGGGUUCACCCAAAACAAUUCCCUUCGAGCCGCCGCCAACUCCGCCUUCCAACGACGAUGAACAUGGCCCGGGCGCAUCGCGCGCAAUAGACAUGUCGGAUGUUUAUGUAAGUGUUCACCCUUCCAAUGGUGGUAGUAUCGACUCGCUAACCCCGUCCGCAGCAGGGAUAUGGCGAUGUGGAUGCAUCGCAGAGCUCGCCAACGCGACCGCCUAACAUUCGGAAGCGGCAAAGCAUGCACGUGAUGGAACUGGAGUCGAGGGUGCAACAACUCAUUGCAGAAAACCAAGCUCUUCAGAGCACUAGACAUGCCCGCGCCAU